GCACGGCCUCCCUCACCUACCGCCCCACGCGCGCGCGCGCUCACGCACCACGCGCCCCGCGCGGCCCGCCCGGAUCGUGGCCUCUCGAGAGCAAGCUAUGUCCUAAACGACCCUCUGAAGUCACUCUGAGGAUACAAGAUGUAUGGCAAUGCUGUUUGGUGAUUGUUCCCUACCCAGAAUGUUCCAUCUGAAGUGAAACAUCUUGCUGUAGUUGAGACAAGCCUUGCAGCUGCUGCUGUGUUUCAAAGGUGAUGGGAUGGUGGGCUCUCACCACCCUGUUCUUCAGGGCCUCCUCUCGGCCCAGGAUCCAGGCUGCUGAAGCUGGCCAUGGUGAGGCUGGAGUUCACAGAUAACACACUCCAGCAUGACUUCCUGAAGUCAGGCCAGCUUACAGCACUCUCCGUUUGUGGAACAGAUAUGGAAGAGCAGAACCAGCCAAAGAAGUGAUGAUCCUUGAUCUCAUGAUAAAUCUGGAUGUUAGUUCUCAUGCCUCAAGACAUCCUAUUGGGAACACGACAUCGUCUCCUGGGACCAGACUUUCAUCCACUUAAUACCUACCACUCUUUGCCUGAACUAUUGAAGCCAGUUAACCUCGAAUGGCUACCCAAAGGAAACACUUGGUGAAAGAUUUCAAUCCUUACAUUACCUGCUAUAUCUGCAAAGGGUAUCUUAUCAAGCCAACCACAGUGACAGAAUGCCUCCACACCUUCUGUAAGACUUGCAUUGUCCAGCACUUUGAAGAUAGCAAUGAUUGUCCAAGGUGUGGCAACCAAGUUCAUGAAACAAAUCCAUUAGAAAUGUUGAGGUUGGAUAAUACCUUGGAGGAAAUUAUAUUUAAACUAGUACCUGGACUACGCGAACAAGAACUUGAGCGUGAAUCUGAGUUUUGGAAGAAAAAUAAACCUCAAGAAAAUGGACAAGAUGAUACUUCAAAACUCGACAAACCAAAAGCAGAUGAGGAAGGUGAUGAAAAUCAGGAUGAUAAAGACUACCAUAGAAGUGACCCACAGAUUGCUAUCUGUCUAGAUUGUUUACGAAAUAAUGGACAAUCGGGGGACAAUGUAGUAAAGGGUCUAAUGAAGAAAUUUAUUCGAUGUUCUACACGUGUAACUGUGGGAACUAUUAAAAAGUUUCUAAGUUUAAAACUAAAACUUCCAAGUUCUUAUGAGUUGGAUGUGCUGUGCAAUGGUGAAAUUAUGGGAAAGGAUCAUACUAUGGAAUUCAUCUAUAUGACAAGAUGGCGACUGAGAGGAGAAAACUUUCGGUGUCUGAACUGCUCAGCUUCGCAAGUCUGCUCUCAGGAUGGCCCUUUGUAUCAGUCAUACCCUAUGGUAUUGCAGUAUCGACCAAGAAUUGAUUUCGGUUAGACCAAGGGGCCUAGAUUUGACUGAAAUGAAUCCUGCACUAUUUGUUUACUCGUCGACAGAUUGCACAGUGAAAAAACGGUGUGUGGACUGGAGGGACACAAUCAGAUUUUUGGCAUGCAAAUAAGGCCAUUGUCUAUCUCUGUAAGUUGUCAGUUGCAUUCAUGUUUCUAUUAAAUGCAAACCAAGUGCCAUUCUGCUACUGAACCAUCUGUGUAAGGUAUUUGUGUUGUCUCACAGUGUGCCAGUCAUGACUGAAAUCAGACAGAUGUGCAGCCAUGAUUCAGCCUUCUGAAUAUUUUGCUUUGACCGUUCCAAGAUUGUUCUAAUGUUUAAUUACACUAGUAAAAUGGCUCAGUCUUUGUGGUGUUGCAAUUUUCACAUACUUAACUAUUUUAUUAAUUCUUGUUUAAAUAGAGUACUGUACAGGAACCUACUAAUUAUACCUGGAAAUUAUUUUGUAUGGGAAUACAUUAAGAAAAGUGGUUUCUAAGCCACUACCCUAUUCUUGGAAGCUUUUCAUGUAAAAAAGUAGUUUAUUCUUGAGUGUACAAGUCCCUUUGUGAAGAAUCCCAAUUAUUCCUGAGAUCACAUCAUUAUUGUACACAUUCUAAGCUUCUCUGUGUGUAGUCUACCAAUUGCACAAGGAAGGCCCGUUAGCCCUCCAGGUAGAAAAUGGGGUGUGACUUCUUAUACACUUGAAGAUAGAUUCACAACCAUUUGAAUUGUUGGCAGCUGAUUACAUUGUAGGUAAGGUUAAUCUUUCAUAAUGCCUUAUGACAAGUGGGUGCGUCGCCAUGCACCUCACUGUAAGCCUGUUUUAUAGGUGUGUCGUUACACUGUUGCUGUCGUUUAAUGAAUAUCUUGUUUUUAAGUUGGCCUUAGAUGUGUGUCCUUGUGGCAUCCAGAAGGUGAUAUAUGAGGGUUUUCAAAUAUUAGGAUUUUUAGAGCAGAUAACAUUAGCUAUUUUGUGGAUUUCAAAAGUCUCAACGCAGUUGUAGAUUAAACUUGUUACCUAUCACAUUUCCAAACCAGAUGCAUAAAAUAGAAUAAUUUGCAGCAUAGUAGAUGAAUAUGCUAGCCAAAAUUAAUGGUUUGGUGGUACUUUAUUUUAGAUACUGUAGUAAUCAGGGGAAAGUGGGAUUGUUGUUUUAUAUAUGGCUUCAUUAAAUGUCAGAGCUAUGAUAAUGUCCUUGAUUUUGCUAAGUCUUUCAUUCAUUUUGAAAUUAGUCUGCAAGCCAAAGUAUGGUUAUUUUCAAUUACAUGAAAAACUUCAUUAUAAACCUCUUAAAAUGUGCAGUUGUUUUCAAAGACCUCUUUGAAAAUUGCUCUAUCCAUUUUUUGAAACAAGUUAACCUCUGAAACUUAGAAAAGAGUCUUGGAAAUGAGAAAUGAAAACUAUUUGCUUUAGAAAUCUGACAUGAGCGCAGUGACACUGCAUACCUGGCUAUAGGCUAUGUUCUAGAAUAAAAUGUAUCACAGAGUAAUGCCUUCUGAUAUCAAGAUGCUUCAUAGAAAUAAAACAUUGUAAAACAUACACAUGCAGCUCAAUUUUGAUGUAUUUUGUAAUAUAAAAUGCUGAAAGUUUGGAAGUAUCUUUUCUGAAUUGAACAAUUCAGAAAAAUUUGAAGUUUUCUGUUCUGAUGUCUGUGAAGGUUAUGGCAGUACUUCUGAAACUCACUUUGCUAAACUGUGUGUUCUUGAAAGGGUUCACAAACAAAAUUGAAAAGGCAAAUUUUAACUCUUUAAAACUGAAUUCUUUGCUUUAAAAUUUUAUUUUGCUGUGAAACCUAGUUCCUAGAUAUUCCUAAGAAUUUUAAGUUAUUAUCAUUUGUCACUAUCAUAUAAAAUCGUGUUUUACAUAUGGAAGUUAAUUUUAAUUGAACUGCAAACGAGCUAAGUACAUUCUGAAAACUGAGAGUAUGUUUUAGGUACCUGGCUCCCUUGCCAAUACCUUGCCAAAGCCUGUGGACAUAAAUGAGUUUUGCAUCUAAGAUCAUUUGAAAUUUAGUCUGUUUGCCCAAUCACAUGUAACUCCACUAUUUUCCAAGGGAAUAUAUAGGAAAGAAUUCUGGAAUUAAGAAGAGUUUAUAUAAUUUACUUCAUUUAAUGUUAAUAACAUGUUAUUGAAGUGCAAUGGAAUAUGUGCCAAAAUACAUUAAAAGCUGACAAAUAAAGGUAUCAGUCAUCAUUUGGGAAAAGGUACACAAUUUGUGACUGUUACAAACAAUGUGGUAUUGCUACAAGAAGCAUAGACUCUUUAUCCUGACCUCUUAUGUCAACUAUGAGUUUCUCAGAAUGGGACUGCUUGUCUGCAUUCAUACACUAAAUUCCCAAUUAGUUAUCCCUUACAUCAGGUUAUAGAAUUUAUAAGAAGCUAGUAUAGAAGAAAUGUACAGACGCCUUUUAUGGUUAGCUUUUUAAAUAUAGAAUGCUAAAAAAAUUCUUUUUAUAAAUAACCUAUAAUUAUCUAAAGCUGUAAAAUCAGAAAUAAGCCUAAAUUAAGCUAUUCUUUCAUCUGUUGUUUCUUAA